GGGAAGAGAAAGAGAGAGAAGGACAUUUCAGAAUUUGAAUCCAAAAAUAAGAGGUUGAAAAUUAACUUACCACUGGUUCUCUAAUAGGUUUGUGAAAACAAAAAUACCUGAUCUUUGAAGUUCUCACUAUUAAGCCCUAAUCUUUGAGGGUCAUUUUAAUAACCCCACUCCUGGAGCAACACCAGCGUGGGAAAAUUGGGACACACGUGCCAGGCACUAAGGAUAGCGGAGGAACACAGUCGACUCGCACGCACAGCCUCGAACCAGCGGAAGGCCACGAGGACCCCUGAGCUGUCCCCGUGAUCACUUCCGAUGGCGUCUUGAGCAUGCGCAAGCACUUCCGGGUAGCAUGUGGCCGCAGGUGCGAUUCCUCUGACCCCUCGACUGAGGCAGUGUGGGACUCACAGCGGAUAUUGCGGUAGCCCUGCGCCAAUGGUGUCUCAGUAUGACCGGGCAAUUACUGUCUUCUCCCCGGACGGACACCUACUCCAAGUGGAAUAUGCCCAGGAAGCGGUAAAGAAAGGAUCCACCGUGGUUGGAAUUCGAGGUGCUGAUAUAGUUGUGCUUGGGGUCGAAAAAAAAUCUGUUGCCAAGCUUCAAGAUGAAAGAAUUGUGAGGAAAAUUUGUGCCCUUGAUGACCAUGUCUGCAUGGCUUUUGCAGGACUGACUGCUGAUGCAAGAGUAGUAAUAAACAGAGCUCGUGUGGAGUGCCAGAGUCAUAAGCUUACAGUUGAGGACCCAGUCACUGUAGAAUAUAUAACUCGCUUCAUAGCAACCUUAAAGCAGAAAUAUACUCAAAGCAAUGGACGAAGACCUUUUGGUAUUUCUGCCUUAAUUGUAGGUUUUGACAAUGAUGGUAUCCCAAGAUUAUAUCAGACUGAUCCCUCUGGUACUUAUCAUGCUUGGAAGGCAAAUGCAAUAGGUCGAAGUGCUAAAACUGUCCGAGAAUUUCUAGAAAAGAAUUACACAGAAGAUGCUAUAGCAAACGACAGUGAAGCUAUCAAAUUAGCAAUAAGAGCUUUGCUGGAAGUUGUCCAAUCUGGUGGAAAAAACAUUGAACUUGCUAUAAUAGGAAGAAAGCAACCUUUGAAGAUGUUUAGUGCCAAAGAAAUUGAAUUACAAGUAAAUGAAACAGGAAAGAAAAAGGAAGAAGCAAAGAAGAAAAAAUCAAAGAAGACUGCCUAAUUCUUAGGAUAAACCCUGGGAGCUUUUAAUAUUUUGUUGUGCUCCUUAGAAUUAUUUAGUGAAAUUUUAAGGAAAUAAGUUAAUUUGCAACAUUACAUUUAGUAGUUACGUGUUGUUUUGAGAAUGCCAUAUUUGUGGCUGUCUUCAGUCUAUUACAUGGACAAACAUACAUUAGUAUGAAGAUUUUCUUUGAAAAGAGAGUUCAGUAAUUGUUGAAAGCAGUCAAGAUUUUACAUAAGCCCGAGACUAUAUAACUUGCCUUGUAUGUUACUUUUUUCAUACAUGCAAAUUUAAUUAAUAAAAAUGUUUAAUUAAAAAUUAAUAAUUUGGUGCCAUUUGAGCAUAGACUGUCAGUUAAAGAUAGCUAUUCCAAAAUAAACUGAAUAUACUACUGACUUGCAUUUCUAGAUGAAUGAUAAAAACAUCCUUGUGUUGGUGAAUUGCCAAAAUUUUGUCAGAGCCUUUUAAAAAAAUUUUUAAAUAUUUUGUUAUAUUUAUUUUACCUUUGUUAUUUUAUAAGUUGCAGUACAGUCAUCCCUUGGUAUCCAAGGGGGAUUGGUUCCGGGACCCCUUGUGGAUACCGAAAUACGCAGAUGCUCAAGUCCCUUAUACAAAAUGGCACAGUAUUUGCAUUAACCUAUACACAUCCUCUUGUAUACUUUAUAUUUUCUUCCACUUUUAUUGAGAUAUAAUUGACAUACAGCACUGUAUAAGUUUAAGGAGUACAGCAUAAUGAUUUGAUUUAGAAACAUCAUGAAGUGAUUAUCACAAUAAGUUUAGUGGACAUCAUCUCAUAUAGAUGCAAAAUGAAAUAAACAGAAAAUAAUUCUAUUUCUUGUGGAGAACUCUUAGGAUUUGCUCUCUUAACAACUUUCAUAUAUAACGUACAACAGCAUGAAUUACAUUUACCAUGUUGUACAUUACAUCCCUAGUACUUAUU